UUAUGUUUCCCUGCAGCACAUGGGGGUGAAAUAAUAAAUGGCAAAAAGGUCCCAGAUGACUUAAUGCUGUAUAUGGCUUCAGUGCAGAACAAUCAAGGACAUGUUUGUGGAGGAUUUCUUAUCAGUGAAGACUUUGUGGUCACUGCUGCCCACUGUGACAAAGGGAAGCCUACAAGUGUUGUUCUUGGCACCCACAAUCUCAAGAAGAUUAACAAUGCCACAAUGAGAUACAGCAUAAGCAGAUGCAAGUACCCACAGUAUAAGGAUGCUAAGUUUGGUGAUGACAUCAUGCUUCUCAAACUGUCUAAAAAAGCGCGACUGGACAACAGAGUACAGCCGAUUCAGCUGCCGAAGGCUGAAAUUAAACUGAAAGACAAAGCAAAGUGUCGCGUGGCUGGAUGGGGCUUCACAAAAACUGGUGGUAAAAGUGUUGAUAAGCUGCAAAUGGUGGAGGUGCCUAUUGUCAAACUGGAGGAAUGUAGAAGAAAAUGGAAGCAAAUUAGAUUUGAGCUUCCAAACAAUGUCACCUGUGCGGGUGGAAGCGGAACAAACAAAGGAUUCUGUAAGGGUGACUCUGGUGGUCCUUUAGUGUGUGGUGGGAUGGCUGUUGGCGUUGUGUCGUUCAACAUGAAGAACAACUGUGACUACCCAAAUGUACCCAAUGUCUACACAGACACUUCAAGAUACCUGCAGUGGAUCAAACAAAUUCUUAAGCAAAAACGUUGCUAA